AUGUCCAAUGUGUGGAUUGCAGACUACGUCAAGUCCCGGCUUAGACAGCCAAUUUUCACGGGGUUGUGGAUAUGGGUGCGGACAUCGGGUCGCGCAAGCAAGCUUUGGAGCAGUGUUCAACUACUCAGAGCAGCGUCCUGGCUGAGUCAAGGUGAUACGGCCGACUUCCAGUUCUUCUUGGAAAUCUUGGGUGCCAGUGCCCAGCAGUACUCCGUGGGAGGAUUCUUCAAUAUCAUGAUUCCCUGUCUCAGCAACUUCAACGCCGGAACUCGCGACCUGGUGUUGGCAUUGGUCGCCACACAGCGCAGCCUGUUGGCUCCCAGAGGCUCGAGCCACUCUUCAGCCAAUAUCCACGCACUCGAGCGCUUCAACAAGGCCCUCAAGCAUCUCCCCCAACGGUCCGCUACCACUCCAUCAGAGGGAGGAUCGCAAGGACUCUCUCCCUUUGUAUUUCGACCAACCGCAAUGAUCAUUCAACCUUUAUGGUUCACCGCCGUCCACUGUCGGACCCCCGACACUCGAAGGCGGGCGAUUGCCACUCUGCUGAAACAUCACCGCAACGAGGUCGGUCUGGAUAGCUGGUUCGCCGAUUAUGUGGCCAGGGAGCUCAUGUACCUGGAAGAAGGAAGUCAAGUCGUCCACGAUGCUUCAGACGUUCUGGAACGCGAUCGAAUCCUCUUGCGGGGCUUUGAAUACGUGGAUGACCAACUUUACCUGUGCUAUAUGUAUGCCGCAAAGGUCGGGCUGCCUGGAGACAUCGCUCUGCAGCGACACGCGCUCUCGAUCCCUCAGGAUCCUCACGGUACGGUGCAGUUGAGGAAACCGAAUCGGGACGUUGAGCAUUUGUACAGGGUGUUGGUAUUGGAAGCGCAAGCGACGCCUCUGGUGGCGCCGAGAGGGUAUCUCGUACCAAUUUACUGCGAUGGAGAGUUUGUCGAUAUUGUAGUACCGACAGACCAGGACGCUUGA